AUGAACAAGCUGGUAAUCCUCUUCGCCGUAGUGGCCGCUGCCUGCGCAGCCACCGUUCCUCACACCGGUGACGAAGCGACCGCCGAGGUUCUUCGCCACGAAACCGAUGUCCACCCUGAGGGAUACCACUUCAACUAUGAAACUUCCAACGGCGUAGUUGCUGAAGAACAAGGAUCUCUUCAAGGAGAAGCCAUUGCCGCCCACGGAUCUUUCCAAUAUGUCAGUCCCGAAGGAACACCUGUGAAAGUCACCUACGUCGCCGACGAGAACGGUUUCCAACCUACCGGAGACCAUCUUCCAGUACCACCACCAGUACCAGAACAUGUUUUAAAAGCCAUUGAAUACAUCAAUGCACAUCCACCAAAGGAAGUUAUAAUCCUUAUUGCUGCCGCUACUUUAAUAGUAUCAAAACCAUUUCAUAAUUUCGAAGAAGAUCGUACAACUCCAGGAACGGACUUUGACUUUUUCAUGGGCACCCAAGGGCAGGAUGUUCAUCCGGAUGCAUUUAACAAAGAACAAAGAGGUCCCGUUCAACAAAGAGAAUCAUCAUCUACUAUGCGCUAUUUAUUUAUUGCAACUAAAUAA